GUGAGCUUUCUACUUGCCCACGUCUCCCCUCUAUUCUAUCUUUACCUCUCUUCUCACCUUCUCGCUUGCCCACGUCUCCCUCCCUUCUAUCCUUAUCCCUCUCCCUUCUCUGUCCUUACCCACCUAUCUCUCUCCCCCUCCCGUUCUUCUUCUUCCAUACCCAGUGUGCCUAUCUCUCUCUCUCUCCCCUCCGUUCUUCUUCUUCCAUACCCAGUCUCUUUUUGGGGGUUUUGAGAAAGAAAACCUAGAAUAAUAAAUUGACAGAGAUUGUUGUAUCUUUAAGAUCACUCUGGCUUGCUUCGUUGUGGCAAGAGUUGUAGAAAAUUUGAAACAUGAUUGGUUCAAAGCAUGGAGCAUGAUUGGUUUUUUUUUUUUUUUUUUUUUACAAAUUUCAAUUAUAUACAUAUAUGUAUGUACGUGUCGAACCUCAACUCUCCAACAAUCUCGACUUCCAUCUGGUACCAUUACUUUCUUUUCGUUGUUUGUUCGCCGGGAAAAUGAGGGAAAACUUUAAAGCAAACUCCUACCUUGAGCUUUUUAUAUAUUUGUUUUAGGGUUUAAUUUGGUGCUUUUUUGUUUUUGGGUGGAGGGUGAUCUCAGGAAUAAGGAGGAUUUGGAGAAGUUAUUUUCUCAGACGAAGUAUGUGAAUUUGAUACAAUGUGAUUGUGGAUUUCAUACACAGUGGUCCGCAAUUUGUCUAAAUUAACAAUGUGAUUGUGAUAUGUAGAAUAGUGAUUUUCGAAUUUAAGAUCGUCACAAUUUGUGUUAUGUAUUUUGAUUUUUUAGGGUUAAUUACACAAAUAAUUAUACUUUGUGAUAUGUUACACUUUGGUCCCAGUCUUUUAAUUGUUCCAUUUUGGUCCCCAAAUAUUCAAAACCAGUAAGGGGAGGGGGAAAUUUUCAUAAUUUUACACAAAAAAUUGCAACAAAAAUAAAAGAUUAGGGAUGAAAAAUGAAAGAAAGUUUAUAUUUUGGAUUAAAAUGAAACAAAACGCAUAUUUUAAUAAUUAAAAUAAAAUACUACAAAAUGUAUAUUUUAAUAAGAAGGUGUGUGUCUUUUGUCCAUUUGAUUUUUUUUUUAGUUUUUGUUCUUGCAAUUCAGCUGAUUAGAAAUCAAAAGAUGCCUUUUACAUUACUAGCAGUGUUUGUAGUGUGGGAAUCUUAACAGAGAAGUUUCCCUAGCAAUCAUUUACCUUUCAAAAUAAGGAAAAGAAUGUGUUGUGGGAAUCGUAUUUGAAUGCUUAACAAUGAAGUUACCAAGUGUCUGGACCUUUCAAUGCAAGCAUUGAUUCAUUGCAUUAGAUAUCUUCACACUUACUCCACUAUUGACAAAAGUUUUGUGUGGGCUUGUAGUUGGUUUUCUCUUCGUCCUCGACAGUCUAUGGCCAACCUGAAAAAAUUCCAUGUGUUGAGGAUUUUGAGUUAAUACCUAUGAACCCUUAUGGGCGGACCAAGCUUUUCCUCGAAGAAAUUGCUCAAGAUAUCCAGAGUUCAGAUCCUGAAUGGAGAGUGAUUUUUCUGAGGUACUUUAACCCUGUUCGGGCUCAUGAGAGUGGCAAAAUUGGUGAAGAUCCAAAAGGCAUCCCAAACAAUCGUUUGCCUUACAUACAACAAGUAGCUGUUCGAAGAUUGCCUGAACUAAAUGUUUAUGGCCGCGAUUAUCCCACACCUAAUGGUACUGCGAAGAAGCCGUGGCUGUGCCUUUCCUGUGGUGAUUGCAGCACAUCCAUCUCAACCUAAUCAAAUCGCGCUUGGAAUGAGCAAUGGUGCAGUCUAUGUAAUCGAGCCAUUUGAUGCUGAGCAAAACUGGGGUCGAAUAGUGCCUCUAUAAAAUGGAGGUUUUCCCCUUCAUCCCUUAGAAUUCUGCUUUGAAUAGUCAGCCAUCUGAAACCCCGUGCUAGGGAUAUUUGCUGUCUGUAAAUUUAUAUAUCCAAUACUGUUAUAGGUUUUUUUUUUUUUUUUUUUCGGGACAAUUCUAAGUUCUACACAUUGUUGAAUCAUGUGAACUCCUCGAGGUAUGAUCAAAUGAUUGUGAGUCAAAUAAGAUAAAAGGGUUAUAAGUUUUCCGGGACAGGAGAUCAUUUUUGAAGCAUAGAAGAGUCUUUUUUGUGAACAAGGGAAUUUGGAAGUUAUGGUUGUUAAUUUAGUCUCUGCCAUUGUGUGAUCUUUUUAUGUUUUAGUGUAAGCAACAAUGUUAUGAAGAUGCAGAGGGUCAAUGGCCAUGUUGGCUAUAUUCAAAUGGAACAUGAAUAAUAUGAUGGCUGAAAUUUGGUUUUCAAACUAAAUUUUAUUUUUUGAA